AUGUCAAAUACUCCACCAUUACCAAACAACCCACAGGCGCCGAAUAGUGAUCAAAAUUCGCAGGCACAGCAGCAACAGGCUGCUGCUGCUGCUGCUGCCGCUGCUGCUGCUACAACAGGGUCAGCUACUCAUACGCCAGCAGACAUUGACAAGAUGGUCGCGUCCUAUUUACAAAAGAAGGGAUACAAGGCAACAGAGGCUAUAUUCUCGCGCGAAUCAAAGGGAGAAACCGUGAACCUCAAUGACAUUCAACCUAAAUCAAACGAAACAACUGCAAGUGUUGAAGGACAGAAAGACGACUCUAAAGCUGCAGAAUUCACAAAGCCUUCUUCACCAUCUGCAGUUAACGACCAAGAUCAGGACAUGGAAGACGCACAAGCCCAAUCGGAUCAAGCAUCAGGAGGAGACCCAGACGUGUACGAUAUUAGCUAUAAAAGCCUACGAGAAUGGAUUGAGAAUUCAUUGGAUUGGUACAAGCCUGAAUUGCGAUCUGUUUUAUUUCCAAUUUUCGUGCACUCCUAUCUAGACCUUGUCAGUAAAAAUAUACCAGAUAAAGCCAAGGAAUUCAUGGACACAUAUAGAAGGGAUCAUGUCGAAUUACACACGCCAGAUCUAAACACGUUAGAGACAGUGACCGAAGCUCAGCAUAUCCAAGAAAACGAAUUGGCUCAGAUGUAUAGAAGCAACAAGUAUAAUUUGCGAAUGUCUGGUGUACCAUUUGAGUUGUUUUUGAAUUACUUGCAAGACAAUAAAUUUAUGUUAUUAUUGCGAAUCGUAAAUCAAUAUCUCAAUAUCCAAGUGGUCCACGGUAAAUUAUUGAAAUCUGCAGGCGGAUUAGAGAUGGAUGAUGUGAUUGGCAUCACUGGACAUCAAACUCAACAGAUUGAGGAAUUUAACAAGCAGCAUGUACAACUCGGCCUUAGUCAAUUGGAUCAGUCCUUCAAGGACGAGGUAGAACAGGCCAUUAAAGAACAAGAGGGGUCCAGAAAUGAAGAAGGCGAGAAUACAGCCAACGACUACAUUCCUCUGCUCGACACAUUCAAGAAAACCAUCCAAGAAACUACAGCUGAUGGUCCCAAUUUUGGUGAUAUACCACUCCCACCAUACAGAGGCACAGAUAUUAUUGCAGAGAUUGAUUCAUUGAAAAACCUGAAUCAUCGUAUCCCACUGAAUGAAACAUCGCUACCAAGCAUAUGCUGUUAUACAUUUCACAAUACUCAUGACAGCCUCAACUGUGUAACUACAACCCAGGAUGCGACUCUAAUAGCUGGUGGUUUCUCUGAAUCCUUCAUCAAGAUAUGGAGCUUGAAGGGCGAAAAGUUAAAAUCAUUGAGAAACACUAUUAAUCCUGCUCACGUAAACGAUUACAACGAUUUAAAUCGUCAAAAAGAGCGACAUGGAUCAGAGUACAAAAAGCUAGUGGGGCAUUCUGGACCUGUGUAUGGCCUCAGUUUCAGUCGAGACAACAAAUACCUGGUUUCUUGUUCUGGGGAUAAAACAGCAAGACUUUGGAGCACACAAACCUUCUCAAAUUUGGUUGUUUAUAAAGGCCAUAAUAGCCCAGUGUGGGAUGUUGAUUUUGGGCCUUAUGGAUUCUAUUUUGCAACUGCUUCACACGAUAGAACGGCUCGUAUCUGGAGUUGCGACCAUAUCAAUCCUCUGCGAAUCUUCACUGGCCACUUAUCUGAUGUCGAUACUGUCAAAUUCCAUCCCAACUCCAAAUACAUUGUUACAGGUUCCAGUGAUCGCACUUCGCGUCUAUGGGAUGUUCAAACAGGCUCUUGCGUGCGUGUGUUUACUGGUCAUACAGGUUCCAUCAAAACAGUGGCUGUUUCGCCCAAUGGUCGCUUGAUGGCAUCAGCUGGAGAAGAUAGGUCUAUUAUGCUGUGGGAUAUCGCAUCCGGCAAGCGUAUCAAGAAGCUGACUGGCCACAUAGGAUUUAUCUAUUCUCUGAGCUUCAGUGCAGACAGUGGCGUGUUAGUAUCGGGUGGUGCUGAUAGCACAGUCUGCGUUUGGGAUGUCAAUACUGAAAACACAUCAGCCAUGGCAUCGUAUAUGGAUACAGACACGAACGAUGCGAAAAGAGCAAGAUUGGAUGACGAUAAAAAACGCAAAGCCGUGCAUGAGAGUCGUGAGCGUCUUGCUGUAUUCCCAACAAAACAAACCCCAAUUUAUGAUAUUCAAUUCACAGACCGUAAUUUAUGUCUUGUUGCUGGUGCAUUUACUCCACAAAAAGCAACCGAGCAUUAA